GUAUACUGUAUACUGGAAUCCCCCUCUCUCUCUCUCUCUCUCUCUGAGAGUCUCCAUGUUUGGGGGAAAGAUUCUCUUGGCAGGGUGCACAGCCCUUGUUGUUGUUGUUGUUGCUGUUGUCGUCCUGUUUUCUGUAAAUCGCUAUGCUAGGAAAAGUCACCACCACUGUGACGCUUCUUCGUGUGGAAAUAAUAACAUCACCAAUCCCUUUAGAUUGAAAGGCGAUCCAAAAGACUGCGGAGACGAGGCGUAUGAAUUGGAGUGCAAGAAUAAUCGCACAGUAUUAUACUCAUUCUCUGGAAAAUACUACGUGGAGGAGAUCAACCACGACAAGCAGACAAUCAGACUUGUGGAUGUGGGCAUACAGAAGGACGAUUGCUCCUCUCUUCCUCUUCACUCUUUGACCUAUGGCAACACCUUUCAAUAUCCAUAUCGUUUGAGGUACGCAUAUGAUAGACCUCUAGUAGUAGUGUUCAUGAAUUGUGAGAACCCAGUGAAGUCUCCCCUCUACAUACACAAUAUUUGUAGCAAAGGAGGAGGAAAUUCUUCGGACUCUGUAAAAGGGCAAUAUUUGUACGUUGCGUUGGGUGACUUGAACGUGUCAGAUGUGGCGGAUUUGUGUACAGUGGAGAUGAUGGUUCCGAUUGCACAGCCGCUGUUGUCGAUGAGGAGUGAAAAUCGUGGGAACAUUUCCUUCUUGGCCGUCCACGAUGCCAUGGCUUAUGGAUUUGAGCUUUACUUUAACAGCUACUACGGCUCCUACUUCGGCAGCUACUACUUCAGAAACUGUCUACCGCAUAGGUCGACCUUUCGUUGCUACAUGUGGAGGAUCGCUUUAUCGCUAGUCAACUUGCUUUCCUACACAGUACUAGGCCUCGCAGGAAGAGCUUUAUUUGGGAUGGCAUUUAUGUUUGUGUUUUUAAUCUAUAAGUUUAGGAGAAGGCAUUUGUCUAUGUUCGACAACAUUGAGGAUUUUCUUCGAAGUCAGAAUAAUCUCAUGCCUAUUAUGUACUCUUACUUGGACAUUAAAAAAAUGACUAAAGGUUUCAAGGAUAAGUUGGGUGAAGGAGGCUAUGGUUGUGUGUAUAAAGGAAUGCUUCGAAGUGGCCAUCCUGCAGCAAUAAAGAUAUUGGAUAAAUCCAAAGCUAAUGGGCAAGACUUUAUCAAUGAAGUUGCCACUAUCGGAAGGAUUCAUCACAUUAAUGUGGUCAGGCUAAUUGGUUUUUGUGUAGAGAGAUCUAAGCGCGCUCUAGUAUAUGAGUUCAUGCCUAAUGGGUCUCUUGAAAAAUACAUUUUUUCUCAAGAAGGAAAUGUCCACCUAAGUUGCACGCAAAUGUACGAGAUUUCUCUUGGAGUGGCUCGUGGGAUUGAAUAUUUGCAUCGAGGUUGUGACAUCCAGAUCUUACAUUUUGACAUCAAGCCUCAUAACAUUCUUCUUGACGAGAAUUUCACUCCAAAACUUUCUGAUUUUGGGCUCGCAAAAUUGUAUCCAAUAAAUGAUAGCAUUGUGUCACUGACUGCAGCAAGAGGAACAAUGGGCUACAUGGCUCCGGAGUUUUUCUAUAAGAACAUUGGAGGCAUUUCAUAUAAAGCUGAUGUUUAUAGUUUUGGAAUGUUACUGAUGGAAAUGGCAGGCAGGAGGAGAAAUUUGAAUGUCUUUGCAGAUCAUACAAGCCAAAUUUACUUUCCUUCGUGGGUCUAUGACCAAUCUGGAGAAGGGAGGGACAUAGAAAUGGGUGAGACCACCGAGGAGGAAAGAAUGAUGGUAAAGAAAAUGAUAAUAGUUGCUUUAUGGUGCAUACAAAUGAAUCCCGGUGACCGUCCUUCAAUGAACAAAGUUGUAGAGAUGCUCGAAGGGAAUGUUGAACUCUUGCAGAUGCCUCCCAAGCCUUCUUUGUGUCCACAAGAGAUGCCAGUUGAAGAUCAUGAAAUGGACAUGGAUCUUGCAGAGUUGCCUAUGCUAUCCUCCAUGUGAUUGCAUAAAUUCCAUCACUGUGGAUGUGUUGCACCUCAAGUUGUUUCAUAUAAAAAAUUAUGUGUUAGCAGGGAAUUCUAACAUCUCCCUCGUAUAAUUGAGGUAGUCUUAUUCCAACACAUGAUUGGACAACUAUGCCUCAUUGAAAUAAAUUUGUGUGAAAACUUGUUAUAUGGUUGAGAUGUCUCUCCUUGUGUUGCAUUUCAA